AUGGGAGACGGCAGCCCUCUGUCCUGGUGGCUGGACCGCGGCGGCGAGAGGCGGAGCUACUGGGGCGGCUUCCUGCCCGGGGUCCAGCAGUGCUCGUGCAGCCUGGAGGAAAACUGCGCCGACAUGAACUACUUCUGCAACUGCGACGCCGACAGAGACACAUGGGCCAACGAUUCAGGAGUGCUGUCGUUUAAAGAACACCUUCCUGUGACAGAGAUGCUGAUCGGAGACACCAACCGGACCGGGGCGCAGGCGGUCCUCUACGUCGGCCCACUGCGGUGCUAUGGAGACAAGACCCUGUGGAAUACGGCCUCGUUCUACCUGGAGUCCUCGUACCUGUACUUCCCGACGCUGCAGGCGGAGCUGGCCUCAGACGUCUCCUUCUUCUUCAAGACCAGUUCUCCGUCUGGAGUCUUCCUGGAGAACCUGGGACUCAAGCACUUCAUCCGCCUGGAGCUGAGUGCCCCUUCUGUCGUGACCUUCUCCUUCGACGUGGGGAAUGGUCCGGCAGUGUUGUCGGUGAAGUCGCAGCUGCCUCUGAACGACCGGCAGUGGCAUUACGUGAGGGCCGAGCGGAACGUGAAGGAGGCCUCUCUGCAGGUGGACCAGCUGCCCCCACGCUUCAGGGAGGCGCCGGGGGAGGGUUAUCUGCGCCUCCGCCUCAGCAGCCAGCUCUUCGUGGGUGGGUCCAUCACACACAGACAUUGA